AACAGGAGGCGAAAGCAAGUGUGUUCAACAGGAGGCGAAAGCAAGUGUGUUCAACAGGAGGCGAAAGCAGGUGUGUUCAACAGAGGAGGAAGACAGGUGUAUUCAUCAAGGGACGAAGACAGGCAGCAACACCGACAUGACCAACUACAACAAGAGUGCGGACGUGGUGGCCAUGGAUAUCAACGCGCCGGAACACAUGGUGUCUUUCGGCAAAAAGGGCGGCUGCUACAUCAGCCGGACUGUGGGCUGGCUGCUGGUCGUCACGUUCGUGAGCGCUGUCGCGGCCACGGGGCUCCUAGUCUACUUCUACGCUCCCCAUCCUAAAAUUAUCGAGACCCCGGUGGAAGGAUAUCAGAACUCUAGAGUCACUCCAGUAAGGACCACCGCUGCAACCACAACAACCACCACCACAGCAGCGUCCACCACCACCACAGCAGCGUCCACCACCACCACAGCUGCUCCCACUACAUCCACCUCUAUGACCACCACCAGUGCUGCCAUAACUACCAACAGUCCUGACAUUAUCACCACCUUAGAUGCCAGAACCACCAUUAGUGCCGCCAGUACCACCACUGAAGAUGCCAGCGCCACCACCGCUAGUGCCGUCAGUACCACGGUCACUGCUGCCAGUGCCACCACCACCGAAGAUGCCAAUGCCACUAGUGAAGAUGUCAGUGCCACUGAAGAUGCCAGUGCCACUGAAGAUGCCAGUGCCACUGAAGAUGCCAGUGCCACUGAAGAUGCCAGUGCCACUGAAGAUGUCAGUGCCACUGAAGAUGCCAGUGCCACUGAAGAUGCCAGUGCCACCACCACUGAAGAUGCCAGUGCCACCACCACCACCGCUUCUAUCAAUACCACCUCCUCUCAUGCCAGUACCGCCAUUACCACCACUUUUCAAACCAGUACCAUUGCUAGUGCAGUCAGUACCACGGACACUGCUCCCAGUAGCACCGCCGGGGGAAUUUUGACCACCAUCACCACAACUGUACCUUCUAUCAUAGCAGCCCCUGAGAAGGAAAAGAUAGACGCCCGUCUUCCCAGAGCCCUGAAGCCCCUCCACUACCUGGUCAAGCUUCAACCUUUCAUCAACGGCAACUUCAGCAUCCUGGGCUACGUGGAGGUGGAGAUGGAGGUGCUGGAGCCCACCCUCAACAUCACUCUCCACAUCGCCGACAUCAUCACCAAGAAUGACACUAUCACGCUGAGAGACAAAGAAGAUAAAGACGGUCUUGAUUUAGUGAUUAAGAAGCACGAGUAUGACCCUAAGCGAGAGUUCUACCUGGCGCACCUGGAGGAGGCGCUGCAGCAGGGUCACAAGUAUGUACUCUCCAUGGAGUUCACCGGCCUCCUCAAUGACAAACUCCAUGGUUUCUACAGAUCCAGCUACAGAGACGCUCAGGGCAAAGAGAAGUGGUUGGCGGUGACGCAGUUCCAGGCGACGGACGCGCGACGAGCCUUCCCGUGCUUCGACGAGCCGGGACUGAAGGCCAGAUUCGAAGUGCACCUCGCCAGGGAGGAGAACAUGACCUCCAUCUCCAACAUGCCCAUCAACUCCACCUUCCCAGUGGAGGGUCAGGAGGGGUGGGUCUGGGACCACUACCAGACCACCGUACCCAUGUCCACCUACCUCGUCGCCUUCGUCGUGUCAGACUUCGCUUACUUGAAUUCCACCGAUAUUGACAGCACUUUAUUCAGAGUGUGGGCUCGAGAGGAGGCCGUGCAGCAGGCGGAGUACGCAAUGAACAUCGGACCUGCCAUCCUCACCCACUUCGAGGACUACUUCAACCAGUCCUACCCACUCCCCAAGCAGGACAUGAUCGCCAUCCCGGACUUCGCUGCUGGAGCCAUGGAGAACUGGGGACUCAUUACCUACAGGGAAACAGCGAUGCUGUUCGAUCCUGAACUGUCUGCUCCCACCGACCAGUACCGAGUGGCCCUGGUGGUGGCCCACGAGCUGGCCCACCAGUGGUUCGGUAAUCUGGUCACGCCUAGGUGGUGGACCGACAUCUGGCUCAACGAAGGCUUCGCUGCCUUCGUCCAGUACAUCGGCAUGGACUAUGUUGAACCCACAUGGAAAGUGAAAGAACUGUUUGUGGCUGACAAGCUUCAGAAUGUGUUUACCAUGGACAGCCUUGAGUCGUCACAUCAGAUUAGCAUCCCAGUAGGUCAUCCCAAUGAGAUCGGGCAGAUCUUUGACAGCAUCUCUUAUGACAAAGGGGCGUCCAUCAUCCGCAUGAUGAACCACUUCCUGACGGAGGACACCCUGAGGAAGGGCCUGAGUAAAUACCUUAAUGACUUCAAGUAUGGGAACGCCGAGCAGGACGACCUUUGGGAGCACCUGACGGAGGCAGCCCAUCAGGACGGUACACUGCCCCUUCACCUCACUGUCAAGACCAUCAUGGACACCUGGACGCUGCAGAUGGGUUACCCCGUCAUCAUGGUUGACAGGAGCCCGGACGGUACUUCCGCUACUGUCUCCCAGGAGCGUUUCUUGAUGGCAGGAAAGGCCGAUUCUACGGACACCCACGUCUACAAGUGGUGGGUGCCGUUGACCUACACAGGUGGCGACGACCCCAACUUCAACAAUACAGAGGUCAAGGUGUGGAUGAAGGAGUCCGAGACACACAUCACCAUCCCGUCCCUGCCCAACAAGGACCAUUGGGUCAUCUUUAACCUGCGGGAGACGGGUUAUUACAGAGUUAACUACGACCACAACAACUGGAAUCUGCUCAUCCUGCAGCUAUUCAGCGACUACCAGGCCAUCCACACCGUCAACAGAGCACAGAUCAUCGAUGAUGUCAUGGACCUCGCCAGAGCAGGCCAUGUGAGCUACGAUGUGGCCCUGGAGCUCUACAGCUACCUGCGCCACGAGACCGAGUACGUGCCCUGGGUAGCAGCCGUCAACAACCUGGGCUAUUUAAGGAGCAUGUUCACACGCACAGGCAGCUACGGCGCUCUCAAGAGCUACCUGCUGGACAUGGUGGUCCCGCUCUAUGACAGGGUUGGGUUCAACAACAGAGCGGACGACCCUCUCCUGGAGCAGUACCUGCGCCACACUGCCGUCAGCUGGGCCUGUACGCUGCGCCACAAACCUUGUCAAAAUAACGCGCUCAGUCUCUUUCGCCAGUGGAUGACCAACCCAAAGAAUCACACGAUAAUCUCGCCCAAUCUGAAGCCUGUGAUUUACUGCCAGGCCCUAGCGGCAGGCGGGGAGGAGGAGUGGAACUUCUCCUGGGAUCAGUACCUCCAGAGCAACGUUGGGUCGGAGAAGAAUAGGCUACUGAGCGCCAUGGGCUGCACCAGGGAGCUGUGGCUACUCUCUAGGUACUUGGAGAUGGCCUUCGACUCCAACAGUGGCAUCAGGAAGCAGGAUACACAGCUUGUCUUUGCGGCUGUUGCCUACAACGAUGUAGGGCGUCCCCUGGCCUGGACCUUCCUCAGGGACAACUGGAAGAAAGUCUAUGACUACUUCGGAGGAAAAGCGAAGUCGUUCUUGAUCUCUUCCUCAGCCUCCGGCUUCAACACUCGGCAACAGCUCAAGGAGGUGAUGGCCUUCCAGGAGGAACACCGUGAAGAGCUGAAGACCGCCUCCAGAAAGGUGGAUCAGAAAAUAGAGACAAUAACGAACGACAUCGCCUGGAUGGACGCUAACUACGAGACUAUAGUUCAAUGGCUGGAACAGCAGGGAUACAGCACCAAGCUGAGGAGUAUAUGAAAGAUCUCAACUCACUCAUCAAGGGAAAACUCUUAAGUAUAACCAAAAUGUACUCUUAAUAACAUCUGAAAAGCAUCAACACGAAUAUUAAUUAUUAUAAGAGGUAAAAUCAUAAUCAAGAAUAUGAACGUCUGGAAAGCAACAUAACUCACUGAGGACCUCUGAGUAUGUUUUAACACCGCUAGAUAUAUCCGAGUAUGGGGGUGACACUACCAGAAAGCCUUAUGAGUAUACUGCAACACCAUAAGACAGUUUCAUGAGACUGCUGUAGCACCACCAGAAAGCUUUCAGUAAAUUGUAACACCUUCAGCAGCAACAACAGCAAUACCUGAGUAGCAUCUUGUCCAGAACAACAAAGCUGAAUGAAGUCAGAAGACAUCUUGAGUAAAUAAGAACGUCUUGAGUGACAAUCUCGAUCAAGAGAACUGAGAAGCACACGACUGUAAGAACCUUCGAUAGUUAUCCGCAUAACUUUUUAUCUUUUCUUUGAUCACCUUUCUAUGCCAAUGCCACAGAUGCUCUUCGCGUCUGCACUGAUUUUACUCAGGAAAUAAGCAUGUAAAUUAGAUUCAUGACGCCCGCAAGUUAUGACAGAUUACACAAUUUCAUUUCCUUUUUUUCUUCAUAUUCCACAUAUCACAUUGCUGUUCAUAUUUUUGUUAAUAUAAUGCUUAUUUAAUCAUGUGACAUUAUGAAUUAGGAAUUUGGGGAAUUCCUAAUUCCCCAAAAUAUAUUCCCCAAACGAAUACCUUUGGGGGGUUAUAUUUUAAAAUUUAUGACCGCUGCUUCCAGUUCUGAAUGAGGAGCUCUUUAGCUUUUGUAUGUCUGUCUGUCUGAAGAUUAUUGUGUGGAAAAUGUCAUAAGAUCGUGAUUGAAAACCAAUAUCCCAACAUGCGCAUGAAAGUAAAGAAAAGUCAGGACGUUUCGCUCUGUUUUGAACCCAAAUAAAGUCAAAAUUUGAUAAGGGUUCAUUACAGACCGAAACGUCGACACUUCUUUCAUUACAUAUAUGUGUGUGCGUUGAGUUGUAGGAAUUUUGUAUUAUUGUAUUUAUAUGCCAAUGGCGCCAAGGCAAACUGUAUAUAUGUAUUGUUGAUAAUAUAUAUUUAGGAUAGUU